AUGAGAAUCCAGAGCUUUGACCCGCGCAACUACUCUCUCAACGGACCUGGCGAAGCUCCAGGAAGCCACCAAUCAUCCUCGACAGCUCGUGGUAGGAGAUCCAACCGCACCAGAGAUGACACGCAUUCUCACCCGUCCACUGGACAGCGCAGCUCCGAAAACGAAUCAUCCGAACAAGCGUCACCUCCACCCCAAAUACCUCGAACUCCAGUGAUAAGGCCCCUACGACAAACAAUUCCGGGAUGGAAGCUCUCAGACCCCAUUCCAAUACCAUCCCGAAGACCGACUGACGGAAGUUCUUCUCAGCCUCCACAGUUUCCCUUCUUCUCUGAAACCUCCUGGGAGGAUUAUGUCUCGGAUGAUACUGUCGCCAAUUACCGUGCCAUCGGGGCUCAAUACCAAGCCUGGAUAGCAGGCCCAACCACAACAGCAUGUCCAAUCCGACGAUCAAGAGUCACCUGGACAGACUUAGUCAACCACCCGCUCGAAGAUUACAGCUUCGAGGUGUAUCUCAACGAGACUAGAUCAACACCCGAGGAAGUAGGAAACAUCGAAUCGGCCGGGCUCUCAAUGGGGAAUAAUUGGCGGUAUGUUUUUCUGAGACAAUAUGGAUCCUGGGAUGGUGGUCGCCAGGAGGGCUACACAGUUUACCAGCACCGUACCGGUCUCGGCGCUAUCUUCGUUGAGAACAUUACCAGACGAUUCGGACCUUACUGGGCCCAAGUGGCUCAGGCGCAGUACCAGCUCGAUAACCACAUCGAUACCCUCCGGUAUGUUUAUUUCAUCAACGUUCAGAACCUGUACACCUGGCCCUACGUGGAAUGCCAUCUAUACCCUCGCCAUGGCUUGCACUGGUUUGACGAUUAUAAGCCCCAGUGCUGGACAUACGGUACGAGAGAGUAUCAGGAGCUCCUAGGUACGAAGCUGGGAAGGGGGGUGGCUCGUCUGGUUCUGGGGGCUUGGCCGAGAGGUACGCAUCGCAUCGACACAAUUUACACGUGGACCUUUAUCGGAAACUUACAAAUGAGGUUUGAUAUUAAGCAAAUUUGA